AUGAACGCCGCCAGCUUCGACCAGUACGGUCUGCUCACUCAUUCAGUGGCGAAUGCAUCGCAUCAGCACCACGCCGGAUCGCAUCAGCACCAGCACCAUCAACCAGCGCAUCAUCAGCAUGCCGCUUUCAACCCGGCUCUUGGCCACACAGGUCAGGGCGACGAUAUCUUUAUCGCUCGACAGAGUAUGUUCGACGCGGUGAGCCGGCUCUCUGCUCAGCUCCGCCACGCCGCCGACUCGUGCGAUGCUUUUGUCAAGGUGGUGGCACGACAGAACCCCAACGUGGCCGCGCUCGUGCUUGCACAGCAAGGCAACGUCUCUGCGGGUGGUGCUGCGGGCGUGCCAAGUACUUUCGACUUCCUCAGCAUCGCCAACGGCUCGCAUCAGAGCGUACCGACACCGGGCGCGGAUACGGCGGCCGCAGCUGCUACCGCCGGUGCCAAUGGCAAGACAGCUAAGAAGCUGAGCAAGCUGCAAAAGCGCAAGGAGAAGCGUCUGCGUGACCCGGAUGCGCCCAAGCGACCACCGAGCGCUUACCUGCUCUUCCAAAACGAAGUGCGACAGGAGAUCCGCAAGAAGCAUCCCGGUAUGCCGUACGCCGAAGUGCUAGGCAAGGUGUCCGAGGCUUGGAAGGCGCUCACGGACGAGCAGAGGCGCGUGUACCAGGACAAGACGACAGAGAACAUGGCGACAUGGAGCCAGCAGAAGAAGGACCACGAGGCCGAGAUGGCCGAGAGCGCACCGCUCGAGCAGUAA